AUGCGUGGACCGUAUUUUACCAAAACUCCCACAAACAGAGAGGAAAGUUAUCAAUCAAUUACGGCUUACAACAACACCGGGAGAUCAAAAAGAAUACCAGCUGCCAUGGACGAAAAGACGGCCAAGGUUGUCGCGCAAAUCGACAAUCUCUCGUCAAAGCGAGAACUUACAAUCAUCGGCCUCGCCGAGCCCAUUACAAGCGCAGUGGAGCAGUCAGAAGCCAACGGCUCCGGCAGCAAUAACAAUGCGCGCACGUCCGACAUAUCAACCACAUCCCUGGACGCCCCGACGCCGGCGUCUUUGGAGGCAGAUCUGGAGCACUACAAGGAGCUGUUCGCCAAACUGCGCUUCAGUUACGUGGAGCAAGUCACCAAGGAAAAGUUCAUCCGCGCCAUCGUCGGCGAUCCGCCGCUCAUCGUGGACCCCAGCGAGAAUGCCGAGCUGGAGGCGGGCAACGCGGCCGUCAAGGCGGAGCUCAAGGCACUAAAGAGGGAGGUGGAGGCGCUGAUUGCCGAGCUGGAACGCAAGGGGGCGGACCUGGCCAGGCGGCAGGAGAAGAUCGAGCUGGAGAGGGUGCAGCUGGCCGAGAUGCCUGACCGCAUCGGCGGGCUGGAGGAGGCGGUCGCGGAGCUCCGGAGCAGGACCAACGAGCUCGCCGAGGGCGGAAGCUCGGAGAUGCGGAUGCCGCUGGCCAAGACAGUCGCACUGACAGAGCAGAGGGCAGCUGAGGUCAGGGAGCUGGACAGGAGGCUGGAGACCCUUAAAGCCGCGGCGCCCAGGAAGAGGAAGGAGAUGGAGCGGUUGCAGGCGGAACUGGUACCUCUGGAGGCCAAGAGGCAAAAUAGUACUGCUGCAGCGAAGGAGGCAAAGAGGAGGAAGGAGGCUGCGCUGGGUGGUGCUGAGGAUGAUUUGGAGGAGAGGGGCAGGUGGUGGAGGACUUCAGAGGCGUUGCUGAAGUCGAUGUUGGAGAUCAAGAGCUGA